CAAAAGGUGUGUUUUGCUGACUUCAAGCACCCCUGCUAUAAAAUGGCCUACUUCCACGAACUCUCCAGCCGAGUGAGCUUUCAGGAGGCACGACAGGCCUGUGAGAGUGAGGGCGGAGUCCUCCUUAGCCUUGAGAAUGAAGCCGAACAGAAAUUAAUAGAGAGCAUGUUGCAAAACCUGACAAAACCCGGAACAGGGAUUUCCGAUGGUGAUUUCUGGAUAGGGCUUUGGAGAAAUGGAGAUGGACAAACAUCUGGUGCCUGCCCAGAUCUCUACCAGUGGUCUGAUGGAAGCAGUUCCCAAUAUCGAAACUGGUACACGGAUGAACCUUCCUGUGGAAGUGAAAAGUGUGUUGUGAUGUAUCACCAACCAACUGCCAAUCCUGGCCUUGGGGGUCCCUACCUCUACCAGUGGAAUGACGACAGGUGCAACAUGAAGCACAAUUAUAUUUGCAAGUAUGAGCCAGAGAUUAAUCCAACAGCCCCUGUGGAAAAGCCUUAUCUUACAAAUCAACCAGGAGAUACCCAUCAAAAUGUGGUUGUUACCGAAGCAGGCUUAAUUCCCAAUCUAAUUUAUGUUAUUAUACCAACAAUACCGCUGCUCUUACUGAUACUGGUUGCUUUUGGAACCUGCUGUUUCCAGAUGCUACAUAAAAGUAAAGGAAGAUCAAAAACGAGUCCAAACCAGUCCACACUGUGGAUUUCAAAGAGCACCAGAAAGGAAAGUGGCAUGGAAGUAUAAUAAUCCCCUGACAUGACUCCAGAAAAGAAAAUAGAGUUUUAUAAUUCUGGAUGUGUAUAAGGAAUGGCAUCAGAACAUUUGCUUGGAAUGGCUUGACAUCUCAAAGGACCUGCAAGAUGAACUGUAAGCUCCCCCUUGAGGCAAAUAUUAAGAUAAUUUUGAUAUGUUUACUAUUUCAUUUACAAAAUAUGCUGUGCUAAUAAUGAAGUGAGACAUGCCUAUUUUGCUAAAGGACUCAUCCAAACUUCAAGUAAAUGAAACGGGCCGUGCAGAUAAGACUGCUAUCAACACAUCAGGAGUAUGUGUAUUGGAAGCAGUUAUUUUUAUUUUUUUCAUCUUUCAUAAGUUGUAAUCUAGUUAAUGUGAUGUAAAUUGUAUUGACUUUUCAGUGUGCAAAAAUAUUUUACCUUUGCCUAAGUGUUUGAUAAAAAUGGACUGUUCUAAUAUUUAUUUUUAUGGUGUUUCAUUUUACAAUACAUGCUGUUUUGAUUAAA